UCCCACGGGUUCAGUUUUGCCAGCUUCAGUUUCCACUAAUAGCAGUUCAGCAGUGAGGUAGGAGACAAGUCAGUAGUCCAGUAGUGCUUUUACUACUGUGUGAAGAAACAGAGAUUCCAGCUUCAUUUUCAAGGGUCUGAGCAUUUCAGAAAUUGCCUCAAAAAUGAGUAACAUGGGUGUGGAGAUGCUUGCUUUCACCCUGGCGGUUUCAGGCUGGAUUCUAAUAUCCUCUACCAUCCCUACUGACUACUGGAAAGUGUCUUCAAUCGAUGGCACUGUCAUUACCACUGCCACCUUCUGGUCCAACCUCUGGAAGACCUGCGUCACAGAUUCGACUGGAGUGUCCAACUGCAAGGACUUCCCAUCCAUGCUGGCACUGGAGGGUUACAUCCAAGUCUGCAGAGGCCUCAUGAUUGCUGCUGUCUGCCUGGGAUUUUUUGGAAGCAUACUCUCCUUGGUUGGGAUGAAGUGUACCAAGAUUGGAGGAUCAGAUAAGACCAAAGCUAGAAUUGCUUGUCUGGCAGGAAUACAUUUCAUACUUGGCGGUUUGUCGUCUGUGACCGCAUGCUCGCUGUAUGCACACAGAAUUACAUCUGAGUUUUUUGACCCCACUUAUAUAGCACAAAAAUAUGAAUUAGGAGCUGCUUUGUUCAUAGGGUGGGCAGGCUCGGCACUCUGCAUCCUUGGGGGGAUUGCUCUCUGUUUCUCAAUGGCAGGCAAUGGGACAAGCAAAAGGGCAGGUUACACUUACAGUGGAGCAGCCUCCUUUAUCUCCUCUCGAACUAAAGUGCAGAACACGGCAGCAGAUGUGAGGUCUGCCAGAGGCAAUGGAAAUCCACCAAAACACUUUGACAAAAAUGCCUAUGUUUAACAGAACAAAGAAAGAACCUGGAUGCAUUCUUUAGUGAGGCUCUCCGAUCAAACUUUGAAAACAGAAGCAGGAACUUUAUUGUCACAUACAGAGCACCGUUCCUUAACAGUUGCUUAUUUUAAAUUAAUAAGCAUGGGCACUGUACUUGUAUAAUUAGUAUUUGAAGAGAUUGCAUAUUAUUUAAUGCUGAAAUUAGUAAGUUGACCCAAUAUGAAAGGUAUUGGCAGUGUCCAAAAAAACAUUUAUUUUGUAAAGUCUUUGGCUGUUUUACCCCUGAUCUGACCCAGCACACUUAAAAUGAUCUAGUGGACCUACAGUUUGAUUUCAUGUGAAUACAAUCCAUGUUCUAAUUAUCCCUGUUCUAGUGAAACGAUAGCUCAUAUAAGGACACCCAGGUGACUUUUAAAAACCCUGUGGAAUUUAAAGCUCCACUGCCGUCUCAAUAUAGCUUUUAGAUAAAUAUGUAACUUCCAAGUACAUCUGGUUCAUCACAUUGUAACCAUUAACCUCUCCUGGAACACUCCUGUCUGUAAGAACAUAAGAACAUAAGAAAGUUUACAAAUGAGAGGAGGCCAUUCAGCCCAUCUUGCUCGUUUGGUUGUUAGUAGCUUAUUGAUCCCAGAAUCUCAUCAAGCAGCUUCUUGAAGGAUCCCAGGGUGUCAGCUUCAACAACAUUACUGGGGAGUUGGUUCCAGACCCUCACAAUUCUCUGUGUAAAAAAGUGCCUCCUAUUUUCUGUUCUGAAUGCCCCUUUAUCUAAUCUUCAUCUGUGACCCCUGGUCCUUGUUUCUUUUUUCAGGUCAAAGAAGUCCCCUGGGUUGACACUGUCUAUACCUUUUAGAAUUUUGAAUGUUUGAAUCAGA